CUAAGCAACCUUAACCUUCCAAAGCGCAGAUCCUGUGGAACAAUGCAGAUUAAAAAGCCAAUGGUUAGCUGUGUCAUACAAGUUGUGCUCUUUUUGCUUUGUUGGAUAUGUGAUGGACAGCAAGUUUUGGAAUACAUAAUUCCAGAAAAUUAUGCUUGGUCAAAUAAUUUCCACAUCAAGAUUCCUUGCCAGUCCACAUGCAACUUCACUCUGGAAGGAAAUGAGAAUGACAUAUUUGGUAUAGAUUCAGGAUUCAUUUCCAUCACUAUGCCAUUGGACAGAGAAGAAACACCUUCUUAUACACUGCAGGUCAGGGACACCGUAAAGGAUGAAAAAGAAGGGGCUCCAACUUUAAUUACUGUCAAAAUCAAUGUAGGUGAUGAAAACGACAACACUCCCGAAUUUACAGAGAAGUUCAUGACAGCAAAAGUAUCUGUGGGAACACGAUCUGGAGUUCCAUUUAUGAAACUUCAUGCCAUAGACCUUGAUGAUCAAACAACCUUAAAUGGAGAUCUCCGCUACAGCAUAAUUCAGCAGAAUCCUGAAACAACGGACAGCCAUGUGUUUUUUCUUGACCCCAACAGUGGUUCUAUGUCUCUGACUGAAAAUGGCAGCCUUUUUCUAGAUCCAGAAAAGGUAGAUAUCUACAAUCUAACUGUUCAAGUAAAAGACAUGGCAGGUGGUUCCAUGGCACUGUCCAGCACUGGUGUUGUAUCAGUUGAAAUUGUUCAAAACACGUGGAAUGCACCUGGGCCAGUUUACAUCCAGGAGAAUGUUGCAGGCAGCUACCCUAUGCAGAUUUUACAAGUUCAAUGGAAUGGACAGCCAGUGAUCUACAAGCUAAAAGGAGAUGACAUUGGGAGUAUUUUUAGCAUUAGUGCAGAAGGCAUCAUCUAUGUGAAUGGGCCUUUAGACAGAGAAACUCAGGCUAAGUUCCAGAUGAAGGUGUUUGCGGAGAACAGUGAAGGCACAGCAUAUGCUGAUCCCCUGGAGCUGAGAGUCAUAGUGAGAGAUGAGAACGACAAUUCGCCCACCUUCUCCCAGCUGACGUAUCAGACGACCAUAAAGGAGCUAACCACAAAGGGGACAGAAAUUCUCCGCGUUCAAGCCACUGACAUAGAUGAGCCUAGUACUGAUAACUCCCAGAUCUCCUAUCAAAUAGUCUCUCAGACUCCUACAAGCAAGGGGCCUUUGUUUAAGAUUGAUGGAGGAUCAGGAAGCAUUACAUUAGAGGCACCCCAUCUACUCAGUUACAAAAAUCAGUACACUCUCAAGGUGCUUGCACAGGAUAUGAAUGGAGCUGAAGGAGGACUUAGUGGGCACUGCACUAUCAUUGUCGAUGUGACAGAUGUUAAUAACAACCCUCCUGUGUUCUCUGAAAAAAAGCUAGGACCCUUUGAGCUGUCUGAAGAGACAGAGAUUGGUACAGUGGUGACAAAAAUUACAGCUUUAGAUGAAGAUCAGCCAAGAACAGAUAACUGGUUUGUGGACUUCAGGAUUGUGUCUGGAAAUGAAAAUGGGAUUUUUAAACUACAGACAGACAGAACGGCUAAUGAAGCCCGUGUGAUUCUGAACAAGAAACUGGACUCUGAAGAAACACAGAAAUAUGAUUUGAAAAUUAGUGCUCAGAAUGUUGCAGCUUUGGUUGGACGAACCUACGGUUCUGAUUCCUCUGUCUCUUUAGUUAUUCAAGUUGUGAAAGUACUGAAGGCACCAAAACUGUCUAAGGACUAUUAUGAAGUGAAAGUCAAAGAAGAUGUACCAGUGGGUACUGUCAUAUUUAACUUUGGCCAGGAUGACAUUGAUAAACAAAAUCCAAGGUAUUACCUCAGUGGAAAUGCUAAAAAUGUGUUUUCCAUUGAUGAAGACACUGGAAAAAUCAGAACUAAUCAAUUGUUAGACAAGGAGCAGGACACAGACUGCACGCUGGAAAUUAUGGCACAGAGCAGAGAAAAUUCCUCCUUGUCGGCUACUGCAAUACUGAAGAUUAUCUUGGUAGACGUAAAUGAUAACCCCCCCACUCUGAUGGGAGACUACUCAGACCAGUACUUGUGUACACCACAAAGAGAAGGCCAGGCUAUCCUCCUUAAAGCAUCAGAUCGAGAUGAACACAAUGGAAACUUGCAAUUUUCACUUGUAAAUGAUCCAAAUAUAGUUCGCAACUGGAGGUUGGAGCGCGUCAAUGGUACUCAUGCCCACCUUUCUUUACAAAUCAGUUACCUGAUGCCUCAAGUCCAUGUGGUGCCACUUAUAAUUACAGACAGUGGGACCCCCAGUUAUAAGCAGCAAAAUAACCUAAAAGUAUUGGUGUGUCAGUGCACAAACAGAGGAGACUGCAUGACUGAAGUAGGACCAAUGCCUGGCAAACCAUCCCUUCAGUCAACUGUGGCCAUUUUAGUUGGGACUCUGGGGUUUAUAGGAUUUAUCCUUUUAAUUGUUUUUGCAAGACUGCAUUUCCAGAAGAAAAGACAAUUCAUUCUCAAUACAGCAGACAGAAUUCCUUUGAACAGCUCACCAUAACUUUUUCUGGAGAAUAUUGAAGAUCACCAGCAUCAAUACAACCAGCAUACCAACGAAAAAAAUUAAAUCCAUUUUAAAGAACUUGACAGCGUACAAACAAAAAGUCGUGUUAGAUUUUGUCUUUUUUAGCAUUUUCCAUUAUAGUGUAUCUGUAAAAUAUAAUUCUGAAGGUAUUUUCAAUGGUCUUGAUAUUUGUUUAAAUAUACAGUACAGAAUAUAAUUAUGGAUAGUUUUGCUUUCAGAUUAUUGAUUCAGUUGAAAUGUUUAAUAUGUUGAAUUUAGCAACAGAUAUUUUCAGAAUUCUCAUUGCUGUACCAGAACAAAAUGUCAUUUUUUUUAUGUUUUUCUUUCUGAAGUGUGUAUUGGUGGACGUUUAUAUAACAGUUUUUUUAGUUUUUGGUUUUUCUCCUCAUUACAUACUGCAUAUUAGCAUUUAGUUUGCCUUUCAAUAAUUCUUUACACGCUAUAUGAUGUAAUAAUAUAC